CUCUGUCAGUUUUUAUUCUGUUUUGAGAGUCCAAGAACAACUCUCUUUUUAGCUAAGGAGGUGGGGAUCACUUUCAGUUUUAUGGCAAUGCCAAAGCCAUGCAACGUGAUGAGAUGAAUUCUUCAAGAAGUGAGUUAACAUUUGCAAUUGCAUAAAUAAAAUGCAUCUCGCAAGAAAUAGAAGCAUUUGUUCCGUCUCUCCUACAACCAGGCUGUUGCAUGCUGAUGCUAUCCCGUUCCCCUUUUUGCCAUCUUCUGAACAUGAUGUUUUGGGCUUGACUAUGAUUUUCGUCGACUCCGCGUAAAGGUUGGCUGGGUGUUCGUAUUCAUUGUAAAUAGUAUCUUCUCUAGUGUGCCUCAUAAUAUAUCAGAGGAGGACAAGUUAGUAGUCAAUUGUCCUUGUUCAAAAAUAUACCCUACAACCACGAUUCCCACACUUCUUGUUUCGUUACUUUCUGAUUCCCCGCAGUGCGUUGUAGGUUUUCAAAAUGGGACUCGGCUGGAGCAAGUCGUCUAAGACAUCGUCGGCUCAAAAGCCGCUCGCAACUGAGGAGAAGCCGCUCGCACCUGAGGAGAAGGAUCUCAACCCAAUUCGCAAACAGGUGUGGGAGAUUGUGAAGGACGUUUGGUUUAAAACAAAGGCUUGGACGACGACGGACGCACAGAGAGCGGUGAAAGAUGCGGCGCAGGCUGCGCGCGAAACACUCGACAUGCAAGUCGCCAAAUGGCACACAGAAGCGAGGCCUUUCAUUAGCAUGAUUCCCGAGCGCUUUGAGCAUUUGCAUGGCCGAAAGACUCUGUUGCUCGUCCCAUUUAGUGCAGGAUCUCCUAAGGAACGCUAUGACAAGAGCGACGUGUUCCCCAAGAUUACGGACUACGUGCAGGAGUUUAUCAAGUUCACGAACAAAAACGAUGACUUGAACUGGAUGCGCCAUCUCUCGCUCAACUUCUUUUUUCUCAUCGCGGAAAGCGAAAAAGAAGAAGAUGGGACGACCAACCUCGGCACUGCGACGACAACGAAAUAUUUCGACAUAAAAAGAGGCUUCGAGUUGCGUUUUGGGCUCUGCGACAAGCGAAGUGGCGGAAAGUGCUAUUCUGAUUAUCCCUCCAACACGGAACAGGUAAAGCUCGAACCCGCGGAGAACCACCAAGCGGAGCUCGACGAGUCGACAAGACAAAGGAAGGUACGGCUAGACGAGAUCAAAGUCUGUCAAUACAGAAGAUUUUUACAGAAAAUUCUUGAGAGCACUAAUCCGAAAGUAACAACAACCGGUUAGUUUUCCGUCGUAGUAACCACAGACUCUCCUUCAGUAAUUGAUAAGGAUUACACUAAAUCUUAGAGCCUUCUGAAAUAUACACAAAGUAAUUAUAUUAAUACCGCCCACGUGCCCCCGGCGUGUACACGCCGGGGCAGGGCGGAAAGGUCUCCCAAAUGCUACGAGUUACAUAAAACGCAGACGGCCUACCGGCGUGCUACGAACUACGUAAAGCGCGGCGGGCUAUGGAAUAAGCGAAGGAGCUACGUGCGGCGCUAGAAGCUCUGACGUGUUACAUAAACAAAAACACCGGCAGCACCUCGAAGCGACUGAAAUGGCUCAAAUGAGUGAAAUCUAGCAAAUGGCCAGAGACAUUUGCAGAAAAUCAAAUCUAUGCGGGUAAAGCAUCGCGGCCGAGGCAGUCAGAUCCAUCCUUUACCAAGAACCAAACUGCUGCCCGCUUUAUAAGGUUGCUACUUACUUUCGAUCUGCUUGCGGCGUCUUGUCUGUGAGCUGGCUCAGGUCUGCGCCCUUUUGACCUGCCUGGAAGGUUUUGCUCUUUGGGCUGCCUUAGCUAGGUUUCCUCUCCACAUCGCGCAGCGUUUUGAUGUUUGUUCCUGCCUACUUUUCAGCUGCUGCCGCUGCGCGGGAGGUGCUAUCCGUGAACCGACUCCGGUCUCUUAUUCAAAAAGCGCAGCUCUGUGCGAUUGCUGCGGACUUUGACCAGGUUGAGAAAGCCCACCCGCGAGCAGCCCCAAGCCCAGAACUUCUAGGCAAACAAGGCAGCCGCACGAGGUUGCUGCUCAUUUUUGAGCAGCUUGGAGGGCCUUACACUUUGGCCCAGCUCUCGUAGAUCUCUUACCCAUAUCGCGCAGCUUUAUCGGACUCUUGUCUACUUUUGGUUUUGACCUGCUUGGAAGGUCUUGCCCUUUGGUCUGGCUCAGGCCUCCGGUCCAAACUAACAGCGCAACCCUGCUGGGCUGCGGUUUACUCCUGGUCUUGACCUCCUUGGACGGCCUUACCCUUUGAGCAGUCUCCGAUCUUCUACCCAAAUGGCGCAACUUUGUGAGAAUGCUGGGCACUUCCACGCUUCACCUACUUGAGAGAUGCCACCCGUGAGCCGACUCAGGUCCCCUAUCCAAAAAGCGCACCCUUGUGAGGCUGCUGCCUACUUGUGACCUGCCCGCUCGGAAGGUCUUACCCUUUGGCCCAACUCUCUCCGAUUUUCCAGCCAAGUGUCGCGGAGCUUUUUGGGCUUGCUGCUUUCUUUUACCCGCUUGGAACUGGAAGGUCUUACCCUUUGAGCUGUCUCAGGUCUUCGACCCAAAUCCAUGGCGCAACUGUAUGAGAAUGCUGCAGGCCUUUCACCUGCUUGGGCGAUCUUGUCUGUGAAGUGAACUGACUCAGAAACAAACCUUAUCCAAAGCGCGCCGCUUUAUCUUAUGCGACUGCUGUCUGCUUUUGGCCUCCUUGGUGGAAGGUCUUACCUUGUGAGCUGUUUCAGGUCUUCCAUCUAAAUGGCGCAGCUUUAUCGCGAUGCGAAUGCUGUGCACUUUUCAGCUGCUUCAGAGAUCCCAUGGAUCCGUGAGCCGGCUCGGGCUUUAUAUAUCCUUCCAGAGCGCGCAUCUUUAUGGGGCUGCUGCCUCCUCUUGGCUUGCUUGGAAGGUCUUCACCCUUUGGCCCAACUCUCUCAGAUCUUUUUGCCACCCAACAAGUCGCGGAGCUUUCUGAGAUUGCUGGCCACUUUUGACCCCCUUGGAAGGCCUUACCUUUUAUUUGAGCUUUCUCGGGUCUUCUGUCCAAAUUAAUGGCGCGCCUUCAUGUGGUGAAGGCUGUCGGCCUUUCACCUGCUUGGGAGGCCCCAUCCGUGACCUGACGCAAGUCGCAUAUGAUAUCCAAAGCGUGCAGCCCAUGGAUGAGGUUGCUGCCCACGCUUGACCUGCUUGGAAGGUCUUGCCUUAUGGCCUUACUCUCGCAGAUCUCCCAUCCAGAUCGCGGAACCCCAUGAGGCUGCUGCCUAUUUUCGACCUGCUUGCAAAGUUCUCCGCUUUGAGCUGUCUCAGAUCAAAGCCUCACAGCUACAAACCGUCGCCGGCCUCUGCUCUUGAGCAAAGGGACGUGCUUCCAAAUCAAAUAACCAAAAAAAAGUCGCCAGCUUUGGAGAUGCAUCGGGUUGCAAUUUAUACGGUAUAAGAAUAAGAAUGGCACGACGUGAGUUGUCAGGCCCUUUCUGUACAUUAGCGCACAGCGUGGCCCAUAACUUUGGCAAGAAUUUGCGACAAAUAACGCAGGGGGCUGAUUGCAGUGCAAGAGUGACCUAUGUUUCUCGCCUUUUGUGCGUGCCACGUAGUUUAUUGCAUGUUCAGAGUUUCGGCUUCGGGCACUGCCGAUAUACUUAGCAGGAGCAGACGCAGAAUCAGGGGAAAGAUGUGCGCAAAGUCGCGGCAUUUUUACGGCGCGAGAUGUAUACAUCUAGCCCGUACAUCUUUCCCAUGAUUUUGUUCCGUACAUCUCAAAAAAGUAGAAUUUUGGGAACCCACUACGAACCGCCCCGGUGUAAGUACAUCGCAAGAGUACGCCCCCCCGUGGUUUACGUGUGUGGUAUUAUAUAUGUCUCGGGAUAUAUAUCCCAGGCGUAUAGAUACAUCUAGCCCGUACGUCUUUCCCAUGUAUGGCGGAGUUAAGUAAUUACUUUAGCAUCUAGAUACUUUUCCACCUUUGCGGAAUCUAGUGGUAAAAGUGAAGAUCUGGGAAAGUAAUUAUUUGCUAAAAUAAUUAUUUCAGUCCGCCAUACCAUGAUUUACGUACAUCUAAAGCCGUGGACUCACCUCCUGUCUACUUAGGUCGUAGGAUUAGUUUUGAUUUAUAACAUAGAUAAUUAUAGUAUACCACCAUCCCCCUCGUCAAUCGUCAUCAUCAUGGUCAUAUAAUGUACUCGAACAUCAGGGACUGUUGCUGGCGCUACCCAGCGCAAUAAAGUUAAAGUGAAUUAUGCGUAACUCUAAUGACAGCCCAGGCAGAGGCAAACCUGAAGCAUGACAAGAAGAUGCAGGAGCAGAUGGCCCACGGUCCCUGCGUCCAUAUCGUUGAUGGAGCAGAUGCGUCGGGAGGGGACACAAUUUUCGAUAUUCACUACACGAUUGCUGCUGGCAGUUUCGUGCUCAAUGACCCAAUAAUUUUGGGGGACGACCAGUCUGUUGAACAGUAUGAUCCAGAUAAAAACGAGCGCAUCCGCAGAGUAAAAGUCGACAAAACGGGUGACAAGCCCACGCUGGAACUACUAGCACCAGACAAGGCCAAGCCGAAGCCACUUCCGACAAGGGUAAGAGAGAAACCGAUACCCAGAGCACCAGCUGCGCACACACCGAAUGACGCGGCCCCAGCAGGAGAUGAGUUCACGGCCAACAGCAGCAAAGGUGAAGCAUCCGCAGCAGAUGCCGGCAAGGCGCCCAACAUCAGAAAAGAUGAAGCAGCCGCAGCAGAAGCUGGCGACAAAGACGAGGGCAACCAACCGCCACUAGAGGCGGGCGAUCCUCUGGAGGAGCCAUUACCAGUGGAUGGCAAGGGCGGAAGCUCUUGCUCCUCUUUUAGCCAGUCGUGUGAACGUCCAGCGUCCUCGCAGAAGGCCGUCGGCACUGACAACGCACUGUCCCCUGGUACCUUGCGCCGUAGCAAAGAAGGUACUACAAGUUUAGAAAUUCCAUCUCAGUCUUAUCUUCCGAAUUAUUCAUUCUUCAUUUUGUACGGAAUCAUUCUUGUUGCUUUUAUUUCAAUUUUUCUCUUAUAACCUCAAGAGCAACAUCAGUAUUAUCUUUUUCAGGAAAUCUUCGAGCUGCGGAAUUGACUGGGCGGGUCUACCCGUCUGCAUCCCCUGCCGGCCACCACGUCGAGUCUACCCUGAUCACCCUGUGCGCAUUGUGUGGCUUAGCGUUCGGCGUUCUGCUCAUCUUGAUUUUUGGACGCCGCCAGCGCUUCUGUGGUCGCCGUGGUUCCUCUACGAGCAGCACAAGCGAGGAGAAAAGUGUCAUGAUCGUCGAGUCCACAAAUAAGGGAGAACAAGACUUCGCUUCAUCCGCACUGCCUGGAAAAACUUCUGGGGCGCACUGCUCGUACGGUGCUGCCGACGACGCGAGUAACCUUUAGUCUACUGGUUCUAGUACGCCGAGUACUAGUAGAAGAAGACAAGAAAAAUAGCGUGAAAAGAGAUUUGCAUUCGUUUGGUCAUAGCACGUCCAGACGAGGCAGAUCAACGAGGAGGGUGCUGCGACACAAAAUGUUGCUGGUACAACUCAUCAAGGGAGGACUAGGUAUAGAGCCAGAGCGAAUAAUUAUCGCACUUCUAUGUCUCGUGAUAUCCAGCACAAAUAUGAGUAGGGGUUAUUUCAUGAUCAUCAGAGGAACCCUAUCUAAUAGGUUUCUACGAAAUUAAUCAAUUUUGCACAUCCGCCGCGGAUGUUCUCUUCAUAUGACACGACUCGACUAGAAUAAGAACGACACAUCAAGACGCGCACUAACUUGGAUUGUUCGAAGGUUCAUGAUCCACCAUGCGGGACGCUAUGUCCAAGAUACUUAUUUACAGGACUGAACUCAUCGCAUCUACGUCAUUAAUUUGUUUAACGCUACCACUAGCAGCUUCUCUGUUGAUGUAAGAAUUAGAAUUUUCAGGGACUUCACGUGAAAUACAAGAAGUAGCCACAAAAAAUAAAGCGUAAAUUUAUUUUGUUUCGAAAUUAGAACCUAUGCAGUGGGGACAUCAUCAAGUAAUAAAGACAAAAGACACGCCGCCGCAGGGUGCCAAUGGGCUCGCAGGUCUGUCCGCUGCGGGGAUCCUCUUGGACUUGGCUGGUAGCAGUAACAUUCAAACCACAACAUACUAAUGGGAUAUCAAAGAUUACAGCAACCAACUAAUAAUCAGACUGCUAAUCCGGUUGAAUUUUGGCCCUGUCGUGCGAUGAGGACGGGCGAGAUCUACAAAAAACAAAAGACCUUGGUCCCCAGCCAU